UGUUGGUGGUCAGUUUCCUCUUGGUUUACACUAUGUAGAGAAUGGAUUCUUUGGUGCCAAACGUUCUUACCUCGCUCCCCUUAACUCGUGUGUGUGGAGUGUAUCAUUCUCUGAAUGGUUGAAUGUAGUAGCAUGUGGUGACAGUGUUGGUAUGGUUAUUGCUAUAGUUUUAUCAAACAUGAUAACUAAAUACAGUAGGCAUGCUAAACACCAUAUGGAAGAUUUCCAAUUUACUACACUAAUAUUGAAAAGAGAUCAUCUAGGACAAGCGAAGAGCAUGAAACUGAUUGUUUGAAUAGAAAGUCAAAUAGCAUCAAUACUCUACACACCAAUGUUACCGGAGAAACUAAUGAGGAGAUUAAUAUCGUCGCCAUGGAAACUGAUGUUCUGGAUGAAGUUAAUCAAAAUAAUAUUAAAAAUGAGGAGAUAAUGGAUGAACAAAUACACAAAGAGAAAAAUGGUGAGAAUGUUGCCAUGGAAACAGAGUCUGAGUCUGAGAAAUAUAGGAUUAAACAGUUAAGAAAUGUAGGUAUGGAAUCCACAUCAUCAGUGACACAAUCCUCACAAAUUUCUGUUAGAACUACCAAAUCUUGCACUGACUCUGAGAAAAUGCAGAUUGAACAGUCGCAAACAUGCAUCAAAUCUGAGUCGAUUGAAGAAAUCCAAGACCAAGAAAAAACUGAUGAUGUAACUGCUUUAUUGAAAUCGUGUGCGAAUACAAAAAAUUCUACAGAUAGAUUAAAACCAGUGGAGAACAUUGAUAUGGGUAGCAGGUCUACAGAUACAGGGAGUAACUCUACCAAAGAUACCGAUAUCAUUCCGGGGAACUAUAGUGAUCUGGUCAAAGAUUAUUGCUUGGUUUAUCAUGACACAGACCUGAGAACAUUUAAUGAUAUGAAGAACAGAGCACCUUGUAAAAAAACAAAGUUCAAUAAAGCUUACCCGAAACCAGAUCACUAUCCUAUUGAAUCUAUAAAUAAGGUGUGUUGGAAUCCUAAUUUCAGUGUCAAUCAGUGGAUACUGACAGCCGGUCAUUCAGGCAUUGUAAGAGUCCAUUACUUAGAUGGUAUGAUAGACAAUGCAAAAGACAAGAAGAGUUAAUGCCUCAGUCAUUAGACAGCUGUGCCUGCAUGAAGACAUUCAGUGAAAAUCAGAGUUGUUUCAUGUAACAAACAUCGGCUCUAUACUAAAAACUUUAAAAAAUACAGGGAAUAUUAAAGAGACAGUGUCUGCACAUUUUAAGUAAUAUUUUGUUGAAAAACUUAUCAUCCACUAUCUACAUCAUUUAAAAUUCGGUAUGGAGUUGUUUGAUGUGGCUCCUAUAUGUAACAAUGCACAUAGAUGCGAUGUGUGAUGUUCCGAAAAUGAAUGUGCCUGACACUUUUAGACACAGGAAUUUGACUCAAAGGAUAUAUACAAGGUAGAAUUUGAUACACAGAAAAACAAUCGCUCUUAGAUUGGUCUGACUGUUCAGUGUUAGAAUUGGAUUGUCGUUUGGGUACAAUUUCUUCUAAAGCGCGACUCAAUAUUUAUUCCCUAUUUGACAGCAUGACGAUUUUGAAUAAUGAACCUUAAUUAUAUGUAUUUUAACUAUUUUUAAUUAAAAAUGGCAGUCACACUAGAAUUUAACAUUAUGGAGAAACCACAAAGCCAAUGUUUCCAUUGAAACAAGUUGGCCACCCCGUCUUGGGCAUUUAUUCAUUUUGCUCAGUAAAAUAUCACAAAAUUGUACUGGUUUCAGUUUCUGAGUUGUGAUCAGCUUUACUUUUAAACUCGUAAUGUCGCAAACUCGUUAUGUCGCUUUUAUUUGUGAGCGUAAAUUUUAGUGAAUGUCAUUCCUUGCAGACGCUUUCCUUGUAGGUUGUUUUCCACAUCUUUUGAUUUGAAUUAUUUUAUAUUGUACAUAUUUUAAUUUAUGAAGGUCUGCGAGUCAUGGACAUCUUACUGAAUGGUAUUGAUGUAUAUAUUAU